UCAGUAUGUUGCUGAAAUGGCCAGUGUGAAACUCUAUGUGGUACUGUUUGUGGCAGGCGCUGUCCUGUCCAUGUGCAUGGCUUUGGAGUGUACCUGGAAGACAGAAUAUGAAUACAAGGGGAGAUGUUGUAAAAUGUGCCUUUCAGGACAAUAUCCUGCAAAACACUGUACUCCUAAUAACAGUCUUACAACAGAAUGUAAGAAGUGCCCAGAAAAUAGUAAGCACUGCUUCUGUAAAAAUAUGCUGUGUGAAGAUAAUACAUGUUCAGAAUGUACAUCCAAACCAACGUGUACACAGGGACAACUAAGCAGACAGGGUUCAUAUAAAUUUAGUUAUAAUUGUGAACAAGCGUACACUGAUAAGGCUGACAAUUUGUCCAAGCUAAGAAACACGACUCCAGGGGUAAAUCUCAGGUGUACAGUCAAUCCUGAUAAAGGCUUGAGGACUUUUAAUGGCUUGGUGGUGGGUUUAGCCAUCACUGGUUUUAUUUGCCUGGCAAUGCUUGUUUACAUAUUCAUUCAAAUGAGCAGAGAACAGAAAAUGAAGAAAAAAUACUCUUCAACCUCAAAUUCCCUGAACGUGACAUCUGAUGAAUGUAUCUGCAAGUUGUCUAAAGAAGAAAUGGGAGAAGUUAAACCAUUAGGAUUUCAGCUACAUCAACAAAGAUGUGCAGUCUAAAUAGUGAACCAACAACUCUGAAGCUUUACAUGGGAACUCUGGAAAGCAAGUAAACAGAAGCAGAUGGUUGAAAGGUCUUUAAAGCAGACUUUUCACUUGUGGAUCUGCAAUAAGGAAUACAGUAGAACUUCUCAUCUUUUUAUAUUCCCUUGCAGUCUUCAACUAAUCUCUGAGGAGAAAGCUACUCUGACAUCAUCUCAGCACUGAUGCAAAACACCUUCAUCUCUCAAUUUUGUAUUUAUGCCAUAUUUAUUCAGUUUUUAUGCAAACCUGGUUACUUUCAAGUUAGUCGCAUAAGACGUUUGCAUCAUUUGAUUAUGGAAUAUGAUUGUUUUUUCGUGUGACUAUUGCUUGUAGCAUUAUUACAUUCUAGCACCUACCCUCAUUUUUUUUAUACAGCUGUCUUGCAUUUGUUUCUGGUUGGUGUUGAAUAGUUCAGUAAAUGUAUUUGAACAUUGAUUAGUGCUGUGGUGUUAGCACAGCUAUUUUAAAAUGACAUUUUAAAGACCUUUAGAAGGUCAUUAAGACUUCUACUACUUUUUUGUAAAUAUGACAUAAAAAAUUUUUAUUUAACCCAUUGUUCAAACGUUUGGUUAUGUUUGAUUGUUUCUGUGAUAUCAGCCACUGUGUUGGCUAUAAUGAAAACAAAGUAAUUGUAAUAAACACUUG